UCAUGGCGUCGUUUCAACUGGUAACUUGUUUGAUAUCGAGUUUUUCGUUGUGAAUUGUUUUGGCGCUGUUCGUAAGGCCUGGAGUAAUGUAGUAUUUGAAUUCUCUGUUUUCAAGAAAUUCUUCAGACCCUGUGUACAGGACGUACACCUUGUUAUUAACUGCGACAUUAUUAGUAGGAGUUUGUUUUUUCGCAGCUGAUAAUCCUAGCAGGCUAUGAGUGGCUGAUCGGUGUGCUUCCGCGAUGGCAUCUGCGAUAUUUUUACCUGUGCUUUUUAUUGUAUGCACAUAUGGCGUUUAUUACCUGGCAGUUUCUGCUCCAUCCAUGGAAUCUGGAGAGCGAUUGGAUCUCCAUUUUCCGAAGUCUUUCGAAGAUUUGAAGAAUACCACUACUCUACUCUAUGAAUAUAAAGAACAGCACCAUCUCUACGUUCUCAUGUUAUUUUGUGCAGCUUUUUUGUGGAAACAGUCGUUCGGAAUUCCGGGCUCCGCUAGUUUGAAUAUUGCAUCCGGAGCACUGUUUGGCUUUUGGAUGGGAUUUCCACUUUCAUGCUUGUUGACUGCUGUGGGAGCAACAAAUUGCUAUAUUUUAUCGUAUUUAUUUGGACAUAAACUAGUCAUAAGAUUUUUUUCGGCAAAAUUGGCCUGGCUGCGCAGUAUGAUCCACAGUAACAGCCAACAACUGAUGUAUUAUUUGUUGUUUCUGCGAUUGUUUCCGGCAUCACCUAAUUGGUUCCUUAAUAUUGCCUCGCCGCAUUUGGGAAUUCCGAUACAUAAAUUUUUUGCAGCGAUAUUUUUCGGAUUGAUGCCAUAUAAUUUCAUCUGUGUACACAGUGGUAGCAUUUUACGGGACUUAAACUCCUUCAACGAGAUUUUCACGUGGAGUAGAAUCGCGCAGCUGGUUCUAAUUGCAAGUGUGGCUCUUAUUCCUGGAAUAUAUUUAAAGAAAUCCCAGCGAAGCGCUCCGAAUACUACUGCAGUUCAGAAUUCUAAUGUAACGGAAAAUGUGGAUACACAACAGACAAGGCGGUGAUUUUUUGUGAUAUUAAAGCAUUGUUGUUUAUGAGCGCACGGUAGAAUCGUUUCGGUUUAUUUUCGUGAAAUCAAGUUGAACGAGUUGUUAAAUAAAUUUUGUUUUUGCCCGUUAUUGCUAUUUAUGGUUUAUAACUUUAUAUGUUUGAAAUCUUGUAUCGAUUUGAACGGAUUAAAUUAAA